CGUAUUCAAAUUAGUAUAGCAAUGGGGCAACAGCGACACAGGCAUAUUUUUUCGCUCAGCACAUGCGGGAGAGGCUCAGACUGGCUGCAUCCGUCGCACUGACAGGUUGAGCGAAUAAAAGUUAAGUUGACAGAAAAAAAAUUAAGUUGAUAAAAGAAAGGUUGACAGAAGAGCUGGUUGAGGAAAAGCUGGCUGAGGAAAAGUUGGCAAGAAAAGGUGACCGAAAGUUUGCACGGUGACCAAAAGUUUACAAGGGAAUGUGGUCCAGAACAAGAAAAUUCAUUUACUUUUCGAUUUUGUUUUUGGCGGUGGCGGUGGGGAUGGUUUACUUGCGAGGGAAAUAUCCAGAAGCGCCGUCUUUUUUGGCGGAGAUUCGCGUCGUCGAGGGUGAGGCUGCCGGAGACCAAAAGAGGGUUGAAGGGACGACCGACAGAGGCGAAAACGAAGACCUAGAAAGACGCGGUGAUGACGCAGGUGAAAGUGAAUACAAAGACGCAUACGACAGCGAGCAUGGCGACGGAGACGAAGGGACGCUCGGUGACAAAGACGAAGGAAACGCCGGAAAGCAAACAUCCCAGACAAAGGAGGGCUACGAAGGACAAGAGGAACCGAGACACUUCGAAACCGAGAAGAGAAGCGGCGACGAAGAAGAAGCCACAGGAGAGGGCUUAUUAGAGCUGUUUCGUCGUCGGCGGGAGAGGGUGAGGGCCGCCUGCGAGGAGAGGAGGAACAACUCCGCAGAAAAGGAGAACGUCGAGGUCACACUCAAGAGACAGAUCCUCCACUUCUGGGGCUGGAAUGUGUCCGUGUGCACCAUUCCGAAGGUGGGGUCCGGGACGUGGCGGGGUCACGUGAACCGCAUAAAUGGACGCUCCGGAGACCCCCUCAGAGACCCCAAGAGGAGGAAUGUGACGAGGGGGCCUGUGAGGGACGCUCUUGGCCAGGUGCGGAAGACGGUGCGGAUCAUGACGGUUCGACACCCCCUCACCCGUCUCGUGUCCGCCUACCGCAAUAAAUUUCGAGAUGGAAAGAGGUUCGGCGUCCAUCAUAAGAUCGGAAGAAGGACUUUUCUCGUUCCUGCUCUCAAACACCUUCCCCAAAAGAGGAACAAGAAUCACCUGUCCUUCCCCGAUUUCCUCACUCACGUCGUGAAAUCCCACAGGGAAGGACGCGUCAACUUACACUGGCAGACCUUUUCGUACUUGUGCUCGCCAUGCCAUCUCGACUACGACUACGUCACGAAGCUGGAAACGCAGACGGAGGAGCUGCAUCACGUGUUCGGGGUCGUGGGCCUCCCCGCGGACCCUGCCAGGCAAGCCAACCCCAUCAAGAAGGGCGAGGACAAGGACGCCUCCGACCUCGCAUAUUACAAACAAGUUCCUUUGAGCUUGAAGAAAGAAAUAUAUGACGUCUUUAAGUUUGACAUGAUGAUGUUUGACUAUCAGCUGCCUAACGACUUUUGGGAAACCACAUAUUACAAACAAGUUCCUUUGAGCUUGAAGAAAGAAAUAUAUGACGUCUUUAAGUUUGACAUGAUGAUGUUUGACUAUCAGCUGCCUAACGACUUUUGGGAAACCACGUAAUGUAGGGGAUACGUGCAGUGUGCGUUUUUAAGCGAGCUUCUAUUUUAAUUUGAGAAGGUGAAGAAAAUAGAAAAAAUAGUCUUUAGAACCUUUAGUUAAUCUUUUGGCAUACCUUUGACUUCAUAGGUCCCACAUAGGAGAAAAUUUGUUUCAUAAAUACUGUAUGCAUUUCUAUAUAUUCACAGUAUGUGCCAAACCAUUCCCUAAAUUAGUGGUAUAUUCGUACAGAACUUACUGUUAGAGUUUUCCAGUUGUACCUUUUCUUAAUAAUGUUUUCAUAAUGAGUAAUAAUAAUGAAAUACACAUGAACUUUUAAAUGGUAAUGACUAUCACAAAUAAAUUGCAUAAAUAACUCAA